AUGUCCUCGUAUCGCGGUGCUGAUGCCGCCUGGGACGGCGGUCCUCCUGGCGCUGAAGCCGAGUAUGCUGGGCAGCGCCCACCAGUGCCGGCGUACGAGCCGCCCCCAGCGCCCGGGAUGCCUACCACCGAUCCCUGGACAGGGGUGAGCUACAGCCAGUAUGGUGCCACACCCGCCUACGACUAUCAAGCCUACGGGGCUGCUGCUGCCGCCGGGUACUCGUACAACUACGAUUCUGGUUACUACCAGCGUGCCGACAGCAGCUAUUACGGAAAGUAUCCUGAUGCAACAGCGUUUGCGAUGCAGACUUCUGCUUACGAAUAUCCAACCAGACCAGUCCGUUCUCCGUCAAUGGAAUCCCAAAGAUAUGAUCGCCGAAGAUCGUAUCGGUCCAAGUCAAGAAGUGUUUCUCCAUAUAAUAGAAACGAAAGAGACAAUAGCUAUGAGGAAAGACGUAAUCGACGUUCUCGGAGUAAGUCGUCAAGACUUAAAAAGUAUUCAUCUAGUGAUCGUUCUAGCUCCAGGUCACGUUCAUAUUCACAUUCUCCACAGAAGAGAGAUAAGAAAAAACGUAGUUUUUCAACUGAAUCCUCAGCAUCAGAUAGAUCUUAUAGAAAGAAAUCAAGUAAGAAUCGCGGUAGAGACUCUACUCCACCAACAAGAGACUCAAAAGAUUCUUCGAGUGGUAGAACACCAAGUGUAGAAAGAUCUAUUAGCAAAUCCCCUAAACAAAAAAAUAAAAGCAAAAGUAAAAAACCUCAUUCCAGUAAAGAUAAAAGACCACGGAAGGUGUCUACACCUCCAAGAAAAAGAAAGGACUCAGUUAAAUCUCCUAAAAGGAAGAUAAAGAUUGAAAGGUCUUCCCUUACACCUCCUAAAGUAUACAAACUCAAGGAUCGUAGAUCUGAUUCACCUGACAGAGAUAACUCUCUCACACCACCUAAGACUUAUGUAAGAAAUCCAUCAACCUCUAAAUCUCAAUCAAGAUCACCAUCUCCAAGGCCCUCAAAACGUAAGGGAUCACACUCAAGGGCUUCUCGCGCAUCCAGAUCUCGCUCAUUCAGCAGAUCUCGAUCCCGGACUCCUCGUAGAUCACACUCUAAAUCUAAGCGUAAAAAGAAAUUGCAUUCAAAGAGUCGUUCAAUAUCUCGUCAUCGCUCUAAAUCAAGAGGAAAAGGGAAAAGUUCAGUGAGUCCUAGUGGUAACAAGUCCCGGUCGAGAUCUCGCAGCUCUCGGUCUAGCAGUGGUACGCCCAGCGAGGAUGAGCGCCGAGGACAGUUUACAGUAGCAGAUAGAAAGAGGUUCUGGAAAGAACACAGAUAUAGGCAAGGGAAAGAGAAAGAAACUAAGACACCACCUAAGGAAAUAAAAGCUCCACCUGGGGUGGUUGAUGCUUCUGCUAUAGAUGAUAUUGAAUAUAGAGACCCUCCUGAAGUAGAAGGGCCAAACUUUGCAGAACUACUUCCCCCUCCAGAUCAAGUUUUACAGGCUUCUAGUUCAAAAUCUAAGCCUAUACCUAUACCAAUAAAGAAUGAUGGUAGCUUUCUGGAAAUGUUUAAGAAGAUGCAAGAGGUUACUAAAAAGGCUGAGGAAAGUGAGAAAAAAACAGUAAUUAAAAAACCAGUGUUACCUUUUAUUGGUAAGAGACGAGGAGGCAGGGUUCUUAAGACUGGUUUAGUUAAGAAAGCGAAGGCUAUAGAGGAACAAACCGCUGACAACACACCUAAAGAUGCUUGGUCACUGUAUAUGCAAGAAGUCAAGAAGUAUAGGGAGACAUCUUGUGAAGAGGAACGGAAAACAAGACCACUUGUGAAAUGA